CCCUGUGCCGCCCCGCCCCGCCGCGGUUUGUGUUGACCGCGGUUGCCAUGGCUGCGGAGGCGGCGCUACAGCCGCGGCGCCCAAUGGGGAGCUGGCGCCUGUGUCACGUGCGACAAGCCCCUCCCCCUGGCUCGCGGUGGCCUGGCCGGAGGGAGGAGGAGCGGUUCAGUCACGGCGUCGAGACCUGACAGGGAGGCGGGCUGCGGGUCAGCUGCCCCGGGUCCAGCGAGGUUCCAGUCUGCCUGUGUUCCCCCCGUGCUCACGGAGAGAAGCCACGAUGUUCGGCCCGUCGCGGAGCAACUUUGAGGAAGACCCCUUCUUCUCAGACACCUUUUCUUCUCAGAGUGAAAAUAUGCGUCAAAUGAUGAAAAGUUUGGCUCAGCCUUUUGGACAACUUCUCAGCAUUGCUGGUGGUGGGAGAGCUCGUCACGAUGAUGACGAUGAUGAUGAUAAAGUUUCUUGUUGUGCAAGGAACCAUGCCCUUGUUCCUUUUAGCAGUUUUGGUGAUCCAUCUUCACUUAUGCCUUUUGGGAGCUUUGGUGCCAUGAAUACAGAUGUCAACCCUUUUCAGGCAAUGGACAGAAUGAUGUCAAAUAUGCGACAAAAUAUGCAGGAUUUACAAAGACGUUUUAGUGAUAUGUCAGUUGAUCCAGAAGGACACUCCUACUGUUCUUCUUCCAUUAUGACCUUCUCCAAAGUAGGUAAUGAGCCUCCAAAGGUUUUCCAAGCUUCUUCUCAGACGCGGAGAGCUCCUGGGGGGAUUAAGGAAACCAGGAAAUCACUGAAAGAUUCUGACACUGGAAUAGAAAAAAUGGCUGUGGGUCAUCACAUUUAUGAUCGGGCUCAUGUCAUAAAUAGGCUAAAAAACAGCAAAACUGGUGACCAGGAGUUGAACCAAGAGUUCAUCAAUAUGCGGGAAGCCGAUGCCCGAGACUUCAAUAACGAAUGGCAAAGCCAAAUUCUAAAAGUCAUCCAGUCAGGAAAGAGGAACCUGGAAGGCACGAGAAUAAGAAAUGGUCACUCUGACGGUUCGUUGCCCUAUGAAGACAUUUCCAGAAGGGAGAGACCUCGCCAAAGAUCCAUCGAAAGCCAAAGAAGACCAAGGGCUUUUGAGGAAGCUCUUCAAAUAAAGGGAUCAUCUGUCAAAUCCAACAAAAAAUAAAUUUCCGUGCAAUUUGA